AUGUCAAACACGGUAAUUGGUCUCCAGGCCGGUUCUAACAAGGGCGCCAGCCAGAAGGGUAUGAGUAUAGGCGCUGUCCGCCAUAUUGCCGAUAUAAAGGCGGGCGAUAUGACGAGAGAGGCCCAGGGUAUCAUUGGCCUACAGGCAGGAUCAAACAAGGGUGCCAGCCAAUCCGGGAUGAGCAUCGGUGCUAUGCGUCAUAUUGCCGACCUGAAAAUUGAUCAGAUGUCAGCAGACGGUAAAACGGUUAUUGGUCUUCAAGCGGGCUCUAACAAGGGUGCUAGCCAAUCAGGUAUGAACAUGGGAGGUAUUCGCCAUGUCGCUGAUAUCAAGGCUGAUAGCAUCUCAGAAAGCGGGAAGAAAGUAAUUGGUCUGCAGGCUGGCACAAACAAGGUGUCCAAUCAGUCGGGAAUGAGCAUGGGUAAGAUCCGCCACAUCGCUGAUCUCAAAGUCGGAGCCAUGUCAGACGAGGGGAAAAGCGUGAUUGGUCUGCAGGCUGGCUCCAACGAAGGUGCAACCCAGGCCGGGAUAGCAUUCGGCGGUCGGCGGGAUAUCACGAAACCUAUAUAA